AUGAGCAUUAAGGAACGUUUGGAAGAAGAUAUUCGCCACGCAAUGCGCGCACGGGAUCAGGAACGGCUGGACGCUCUACGGUUCCUCAAAAGCCAGAUUCAGCUGGUUGAAAAGAAUAACCUCAAAGAGCUGGAUGAAGCUGGUGUGGUGGACGUGGUGGCCAAGCAGGUCAAGGAUCGGCGCGAAAGCAUCCAGAUGUUCAGCGAUGGCGGCCGCGACGACCUGGUAGCGCAGGAAACGGCGGCGUUGGCAGUGGUGCAGGAAUACCUGCCGGAGCAGUUGGGCGUGGCAGAACUGGAAGCGCUGGCUCGCCAGGCUAUUGCCGAUCUGGGCGCCACCGGACUUUCCGACCGGGGCAAGGUGAUGGGAAGGAUUAUGCCGCAGGUGCGCGGCAAGGCCGAUGGCGGCGAUGUCAAUGCUGUCGUUGCGCGCCUGCUGGAAACCGCUGGCUGA